AUGGUGAUCGAUUGGAAAGAAGAGUAUGGAAUCGAUCUGAAAAAUCGACCCUGCCCAUACGAUUUCCCUGCAUUUGAGGGCGAUAAGCCACCGGAUUACGACGAAAAGAAAAGAGACCAGAGCACAGUGGAGAAGGAGUCGGGUGGAGGAGCGCCAAAGGAAGACGGAGCUGGCAGGAAGCGCAAGAGCAAAAGCAAGCCUGACGGCAGAAGGAAAAAGAGCAGCGGCUUGGGACGAAAGAAAAGUGACGGUCAGAAAGGUGGCAAAAAGAAGCCACGUCGGUCUGCCAAUGCUUUGGAUGAAUGCAGCCUCAGUGACAAAUGA